AUGGUGGCAGAAUAUCCUCGUCCCGACCACCAGUACUCGACCUCCCGUGGAAGCAUGGAGAUCCUGCCCAAUGGAAAUGUGUUCAUGGGCUGGACUUUCCACAGUCGGAUUUCAGAGCAUGCACAAGACGGGAGAGUGUUGAUGAAGGCGAAGUUGCCUCCUCAGAAGAACACGUACAGGAGCUACAAGGCUCCCUGGACUGGCCGGCCGGUCGAUCCUCCUGAUGUUCUGUCACGUGCUGUGGAGCACGGCUCGUCUAAGGGGUUGACGACGGAAGUCUAUGUCAGCUGGAAUGGUGCGACGAAUGUUGAGAAAUGGAACGUAUAUCAGGCAGAUCUCCAAGGAGGCGAGAAGAAACUAGUGACGUCGGUGAAGAAGAUGGGGUUUGAGACCAGCGUGAAACUCGAGGAAUUCAUACCUACGGUCAUCGUCGAAGCGAGCGACUCCGAAGGCAGAUCACUAGGCCAGUCGAAGCUGACACGAACGAUACCGGCAGAUCGUGACGAAGACCAAUUCAACGAGGAGCAGGAGUGGCUGGACGAACACGUACCUACCACACCGGUCGAGCUCACCAACAGCGUCGAAGGAGAACGCUAUGGAUCAGGCUAUUCAUUCUGGAACCAAACCCCAUUCGCGCGACAGCACGCUACCCUGGCGGCAUAUAUUGGAGGCGUCUUGACUUGCUGCACUUUCGCUUUUCUGUACUUCGCCGGCUCUCGGUCGAAGCAUCGAAUGCAGAGGAGGCGGCAGACAGCAGGCUAUGAGCAGGUCUACAAGGAGGAUCAGGAGAACGAACAUGAGCUUGACGAUGGUGUGGGUGAGUCCGACGGCUUCAGAAGCCAGAGCACUACGCCUGCGAAUUCUGAUGGCGGCAGCAGCUGGAAAGGAGGAUGA